GCUCCGAAAAUGGCGACGAUGCCGAGCCACGGCCUGAGGCACGUGACCUCUGUACGCCCGUUGCUGCGGAAUUUCCGGAGCGCGACGGCGGUGACGGCUGUGUCGUCUUCGCCUUCGACAGAAGAUUCGGAGCGGGCCGAGUCCGAGCCCAAGCCCAAGGCCAAGGGCGGGUCGUAUUUCCCGAAGCGAGGGCAGACUCUGGAGCUGGUGUGCGAGUCUUUGGCUUUCAAAGGGAAGGGUCUGUGUAAGGUGUCGGAGACUGGGUUCGUGGUUAUGUGUGACCGGGCUUUGCCCGGUGAGCGCUUCAUUGGGCGCGUCACUCGCAAGAAAGGGACCUAUGCUGAGGUGACAAAGGUAGAGACAUUAUCUCCUCACUGGGAUUAUGUGGAUGCUCCUUGUGAGUAUGCGUCUUACUGUGGAGGAUGUAAAACACAAAAUUUGUCCUAUGAGGCGCAAAUCAGAGCUAAGGAGCAACAAGUUCGUGAAUUGAUGAUAAAUUUUGGGAAGGUUUCUCCUAAAGAGCUGGAAAGCAUCAUGAAGCCCAUUGUUCCCUGUGACAUCCAGUUCCGUUACAGGAAUAAGAUGGAGUUCUCAUUUGGUUCUCAAAAAUGGUUACCUAAAGAAUCAUUACACGAGAGAGAAGAUGGAGUUGAUAAUUAUGCCUUGGGUCUGCAUGCUCCUGGUUUUUUUGAUAAGGUUCUACAUAUUGACAAGUGCUUAUUGCAAAGUGAGCCUGCUGAUAUGGUUCUUGCUGCCGUGCAACAAUGUUGGAGAGAUCCACAAUUAGGUCUCUCUCCUUUUGAUGUUUACAUUCAUGUCGGAUUUCUUAAGCAUCUAAUGCUAAGAACGGGAAGGAAUGUGAAGACCGGUCUUCCUGAACUUUUGGUUAAUUUUGUGACCUCAUCAUACAAGCCAGAGCUACUCAAGCCUCUUCUUCAAAGGAUAACAGCUAUUCCCGAAGUGGUAAGCGUCAUGAACAAUGUAAAUACUUCUGUUGGUAACACGUCUCUUGGGGAAGUCGAGUACACUUUGUAUGGAAAAUCGAGCAUAACAGAGACCUUAAGAGGGCUGACCUUUCAAAUAUCAGCAAAUUCAUUCUUCCAAACAAAUACUCACCAGGCAGAGAUUUUAUAUAAACUCAUAGAAGAUUGUGCUGGUCUCAGAGGAGAGGGCUCAGAGAUUGUUCUUGACCUGUUUUGUGGGACUGGCACCAUUGGUCUGUCACUUGCCAGAAGGGCAAAACAUGUUUAUGGCUAUGAAAUAAUUCCUCAAGCCAUUGCAGAUGCUUGUCUGAAUGCUGAGCUGAAUGGCAUCCAUAAUGCCACAUUUGUUCAAGGGGAUCUUAACAAAAUUGAUGAAAAUUUUGGGAACAAUUUUCCUAAGCCUGACAUCGUUAUUUCAGAUCCCAACCGUCCAGGAAUGCACAUGAAGUUGAUUAACUUUCUUCUAAAGCUGAAGGCUUCACGCAUUGUUUAUGUAUCAUGUAACCCUGCCACAUGUGCGCGUGACCUUGAUUAUCUCUGCAAUGGUGUGGUAGAGAAAAACAUAAAAGGCUGUUACAAGCUAAAAAGUGUACAACCAGUAGACAUGUUUCCGCACACUCCUCAUAUUGAGUGUGUUUGCCUGUUGGAACUGUGUUGAGGCAGUUGUGGGUAUGAUUUUCGUUACAAAGGAUUUUCAAGCUUGCCAAGGAAUGAUUGUGGAGUUUGAAGGUUGUAGGAAGAAGCAACCAGGGGGGCAAGUUGCUUCAGAUCCUUGCCAUUUUGGCUGUUGUGGAAGGGUUAAU